CCCCUCAGGCCCUCCUACUGUUGUUGGCGUUCCCGUGGCAACAGUCUUGUGUUUCCUUUCACAAGUGAGAGCAGCCGAGUGAGGAGUGAGGAAGACAGCUGAAACAUGAACAACCUCUUCUCCAGGGAUGUCCAGGUGAGGAGCAUGGAGCAGACGGUGAAACACGCUGAGAAGUACCUGGGGGAGAUCUGCUCUCUGCUGGCCUCCUAUACCAGGAAAACAGCCAAGCUCAGAGACACGGCCGACCUGCUGGUGGCUCAGCUCUUCGACUUCUCCAGCACAGAGGACUGUGAGCUCCAGACGGGCCUGAAAAACCUGGCUGAAGACCUGGCCAUGGUGCAGGACUACAGGCAGGCUCAGGUAGAGAGACUAGAGACCAGAGUGGUUGCUCCUUUAAAAGCCUACGGAGACAUUAUCAAGGAUAAAAAGACUGAUCUAAAGAAGUUCAACAGUGACCUGAACAGAGAGCUGAAGGAGUUACAAAAGCUGGAUAAAAUCCGUAUGAAGAACCCAGCGGAUCGACAGAGCAUAUCUCAGGCAGAGGUCAACGCUCAGAAGGCUUUCAACAACGCUCAGCGCAUCGUCAGGCUACGCGAGGAGAACAUCACAGACUUCCAGAGACAGAAACUGGACGAUGUCAAAAAGAUUUUCACAGACUUCGUCACAGUGGAGAUGCUCUUCCAUGCUAAAGCCCUGGAGGUCUAUUCACACACGUACUACAACCUGGAGGCAACAAACUGUCAGAAGGAUCUGGAGCUGUUCAGCAGUCGGAUCAAGAUGUCCGACUCUAUGACUGGACCUCUGGACUCUCCUGUGAGCAGCCACACGUCUCCCGUUAUAAACCGCCACCUCAGUCCUCACCUGGCCUCCCCGAGACCGCAACACCUCAGGUCAACGCUGACCACGAGCACCGGCCAAAGCCACAGGCACCAACACGGCCUGCACCCCGACAAAGCCAGGGGGCCUCGCAGCACCUUGCAACGCCAGAGAGGCAUGGAUGAAGAGGAGCGGGAUGAGGAGGAGGAGGAUGAAGAGGAGGAAGAGGAGGAAGAGGAGGAGUCUUCAUCAGAGAGGGAGGAAGGUCUCCAAUCCGGCAGACAGUCGUACGCUGCACAGUAUGCAGGGAUACACAGAUGGCAGAAAUAACAGUGCUGUACUUUAAAAGAUGUCUGUGCUUCGUUAUCAGCCGCUAUUCGCAGUGAGGUUUUGCCUCGUGACUUCCUAAAACAGGAAAGAGGAGUAACUCUCCUCUCGUUUCAGGUGCCUAUCCCUCAUGUGUCGCUUGUCUGUCGUCCCUGAUUUCUGAUUCUCCUGUUCCCCCUGUUCCACCUGUUCCCCAUUACCUUUAUGUGUAUAUAUUUAGUCUGUGUCUCCCCUUGCGUUCCCUUGAGUGUUUCAUCCUGUCGUGCAUCCCGGCCUUUCCUCCUAAUCAGUGUCUCAAGACCCAGCGGAGUCUGUUCACCGUGCCUUUAUCAGAUUCCUUUCUGCUUCUUGUAAGUUUGUAUGUUUUAUCUAGUUUUCGUGUCGUAGUCCCUGUGACUAUUUUUCUGCCUCCUGUGCGAAAAUAACAUAUAAUAAUAAAUGGGUUAUAUCUUCA